AUGUCACAAUUUUCUGAUAAGUCUUUCCAAUUACCAGAUCAAUCCUCUUUUGAUUCAUCAUCAUCUCAUACUCCUCCUUCACCAACAAGUUUGAUUAUGUCACUGAUCACUGAAUUUUUUAGGUAUGCAGCAUAUAGAGAAUAUCAAAGAGAAAGCAUAUUUUCUUUUGUACAAGGUAAGGACACAAUGAUUUUGUUACCAGCAGGUGAAGGAAAAACUCUAUGCUACUCUGCCUCUGCUUUAUUAUGUGAAGGCCUUACAGUAGUUUUCAGUCCUUUGAAAGUGCUCAUAGAUGAUCAAGUGAUUGAAGUCACUACUAAAAUGGGUAUCCCUUGUGCUGGUCUUUAUACUUCAAAUGGACAAUCAGCAUCUUAUCAAAAAAAAGUAUUUGAAGAACUAUCAUCUGGUUUUACCAAAAUUCUUUUUAUAACUCCUGAAAAGUUUGACAAAAAUAUUGGAUUUCAGAAAAUGCUGCAUAGGAUCUAUGAAAAAUUUGGUUUAUGUUUUGUAAUUGAUGAAGCUCAUUGUAUUAAAGAAUAUAUAGACAUUUUAAUUGAGAAAUAUGUUUCAAGAAACACCCAUAAUGAUGCUACUUGCUUCAAAGAAGAUGCAAAUAUAAUUAUUAACUCCCUUAAUAUAAAACCAGAAAAUCUUAAUAUUAUAAGAAGCUCUUCUUUUUCAUGUCCAGAAAUUAAAAUAGAAGUCUGUUCAAAAGGAGCCAAGGAAAAGAUUAUUGGUGAUAUAGUUAAACUAAUUAGUGAAAACCAAGAAGGGAAAAUUAUAAUAUAUUGUGCAACUGUUAAAAAUCAUGAAGAGAUGUUAGAACAAUUGAAUAGUAGAAUUGACACUAAAUAUAAUAUUGAUACUUAUCAUGGAAUUAGAUGGUUUGCAAAAAUGUCAAACAAUUCAAAAGUGGAAAAAUGGCCAAAUCCAACUUAUAAUUGCAACAAAUGCUUUUGGAAUGGGAAUAAAUGCACCUGA